UCUCCGUCAUGACUCUAUCCACCAUAGAUGUGUUGAAAAAGAUGAAGCUAUCUGUGGCUCUUACAAUACAUCCUUAAUCCAGAAUUGAUUACAUCGAUUAAUGGGAAUAAAACCCACUGAAGAGUUUUAUGAAUGGACGUUCAGAGUUAAGCCCCGCCCCCUCGCGUCAUGUGCGAAAAUACCCGGAAGUGGACUCAACUUGUCAACAAGAGAGGCCGACUGACAUGGGGAAGUCUUCCUGAACCAACCCUCCAAACAUGGCUCCUCUCUGAUGUUUUUUUUUCCACUCAGUUUUUAACACAAUUUCCAGCAUCUCAGAAGAGAAGCAUUUCCACAAUGACCGUCACUCACAACCUCUGUGCCCUCCUAGUUUUCACCUUCACAGCGUGCAGCCGCUUUGAGCCCGCCCUCUGCUCAGCCCGCUGCGGACACUCCCUCCAGGUUUUGGACAAUAAAGUGGGAGAGAUCAGGAGUUCUGCUUACCGCAGCUGGUCCUACCACUUCGGUUCCACUUAUGACUGCUGGGUCAUAAAGGGGGCAGAAGGAGAACCGAUAGUCUUAAGCUUCUCCCAGUUCUCGGCUCGCUGUAGGAAGGAAUGGGUGACCCUAAAGUCGUCCGCUGGAGGCGACCCCAUCGUCCUCUGUGGCUCCAAGCUGCCGCAGCCAAUGGAGUUCCCGGGGGGAAACAUUUCAGUGACGCACCACUUUCUCCCGCAUCAGUUCCCAGUAUCAUCGUUUCUGUUGAACUACGCCAGAGACUCUGAUGACUGUCCGGUUACAUCGUUCGAGUGCCUCGGAGGUCGCUGCCUCCCUCUCUCCUGGCGCUGCAACGGUCAGGUGGAGUGUCUCAAUGAAGGCGUCGGCCUUGGCACCGACGAACAGGGCUGUGACGCCGAAAAAGACACAACAGCACCCGUUCUCAAAUACGGUGCCACGCGAGCCGCCGACACCAGAGCCGCCGAGUCCAACACGGAGGGGAACCACGACAGAAACUCUGAGAGAAUAACAUCUGUGGAGAAGUUACAGGACAUCGAUUCUGAGUCUGAUCUGUGGGCGCUGCUGAAGGAGCGGGCGGAUGAGGAGGCGCAGGUGGAUCGAGAGCAGCAGCAGACUCGCAGGGAGCCGCUCGUGACGCCUGCUCCUAUUGAGUGGCCCUGCGGUGGGCUCCUCCAGACGUUCUACGGGACCUUCUCUCCGCCGGCUAUUCGUGGCCCAGCCAUGUUCUGCGUCUGGACUCUGGACCCGCAGGACUCAAGGCCCCUGAGGCUGGACUUGCAGCAGCUGGUUUUAGGGCCCGGGGAUCGACUCACGGUGUACAACAGAGAACAAGGAAAAGGAGACGUUAUUAAAAUUAUCACCAGCGCCUCCAAUUACAAAUCAGUCCAGGUCGAAUCCCACACCGGCCUGCUGUCCAUGACCUACGAGACCCUCCCCGGCUCCGAAGGCAGCGGCUUCAACGCCACCUUCCACGUCGGUACCUACUGCCCCCCCUGGGAGGGCCGCUGCGGGGGAGCUGCGGGAGGUUGCUUCACUCAGGAGCAGCGCUGCGACGGGAAGUGGGACUGCCCUGAAACGGGCAAGGACGAGGAGGGCUGCAGGGGUUGCAGCCUGAACCAGUUCGCCUGCGGAGUCGCGGGGCAGAGAGCGGUGGCAUCCACUCACUUCGCAGGCAGACCGGUUUGCUACCCGGUCUCUGAGAGAUGCAACUACCAGCUGUACUGUGCUGACGGCAGCGACGAGAGGGACUGCACGGUGUGUCAGCCGGGGACUUUUCAUUGUGACAGCGACAGGUGUGUGUUUGAGAGCUGGCGCUGUGACGGCCAGGUGGACUGCAAGGACGGAACUGACGAGCUCAACUGCACUGUCAUCCUGCCUCGAAAGGUCAUCACCGCGGCAACAGUGGGCAGCCUAGUCUGUGGGCUGCUGCUGGUUAUCGCCAUGGGCUGUACCUGCAAACUGUACUCGCUCAGGACCAGGGAGUACAGCUUGUUUGCUCCAAUCAGCCGCCAGGAAGCGGAGCUGAUCCAGCAGCAGGCUCCUCCCUCUUACGGUCAGCUGAUCGCCCAGGGCAUCAUCCCCCCUGUGGAGGACUUUCCAACAGAAAACCCAAAUGAGACCUCCUCUCUUUCUCUGAGGGGAAUUCUCCAACUCCUCCGCCAGGACGCCGCCAACUCCCCUCACCGCAGACGUCGGCCCCGAUUCGUCCGCCGGGCCGUCCGCCGCAUGAGGCGAUGGGGUCUAAUCCCCAGACCUCCCUCCAGGCCGAGCCAGGCGUCAACCUCCGGCCUGCAGCAGACGGACGCCACUCCCACCGGUCAGGAACCGCCCCACUCCACCCCUACCAGCUCCUCGUCAGCGGUGGAGGCGGUCAACCAGCCGGUGCCUCAGAAACUCGGCUUAUUGGUCCAGACGGAGCAGCAACAGCAGCAGCAGCAGCAUCAGGAAGCCCCACUUCCUCUGCUUCCACCACCAGCGGCUUCCCCACCUCCACCCCCGUACGCUCCCCCAGCUCCACCAUCGGCCACUCCUCCCGUCCCUCCCAGCAGCCCCUCUCUGGCCUCCAUCUUCCACACGCUGGGACUGAGUAUCUCCCUCUUCCGAGCCUCGCCCUCCUCUUCCUCCUCCUCCUCUCCCUCCACCAACUCCAUGCCCCUCUCCGCCUCCCCUUCCUUUUCCUCGUCCUCUUCAGACGACGAGGUGCUGCUCAUCCCUCUUUCUGAAGACACCAACUCAGAGGAUGACGUACCCAUGCUCACCUGAAUAACCCCCCUCUCCCACCCAGUGACUUCACCCAAAACCCGACCCCUUGUCUUCUUCACUAACUAAUCACAAUUGACCUGAUUCACAAGGCGGCCAUUUUCUUUUGAAAGCUCAGUGUGGGAAGCUCAACUGCUCAACUGCUGUUUGGAUGGAAGAGUGCUUUUAGGUUGUAAGCGCUCAAAAUGCCAUAAAUCAAUUAUUCUUCAUUUCAAAUUCAGAUAGCAGCUAGCUAGGUCGCCUCCUAGCUAGUAUUACCCUGCGCUAGCAAUUGCAAACAUUACCUUUAGAGCUAAUUGCGCCGCAUUCAUUAAUAUUAAUAUUCAUUCAUGUAAGCCAAUGGAUAGCAAGUGUUUCUCUUAAGUCUGUUUAUGCUUUCUCUCAAGUAGCGUUUGGCUACUUCCUAGCUUGUAAAACAUAUAAACCAGGAAGUAACUUAAUGGUAGUUAAGCUUUUGAUUGUCUUUAAAGUAUUAUAGAGAAGGUAUAAUUUGCUAACCUGAGCCUUAAAGUGGCUGAAUGCUAACAUUAGCUGUUGUCUGAUGGUAGCUAAUGGGUUAUCUUUUAACUUUCUUUCUUUUCUUUUCUUUUUUUUUACCAGUUUCAGUUUUUUAAUGCCGAUUUGAUCAAAUAUUACUUUUUGCAUAUGGUGAUGUCAGCAUUCAGCCACUUUAGAGCUCGCAGUAUUAGCCAGAAAGUGACAGAAGCAUAGACUGUAUAAAUAAUGGACGUAGUAUCCGUGACGUCACCCAUCUGUUCCUGAGUGCUGUUUUGAAGCCAAUUGACGGCAGCAGCCAUAUUGGAAAUGUGGAACUCAACCAGGCAGAGUGUGACAUAAAGAGGCGUAGUCUGAGCCUCCUAGCCAACAGCUAUGUGUUAACGUCCGGGAGUCAAGUCAGUCAUGUCCUUAUUUGGGCAUAAACUUGUAAUCUUAAUAUCUUCUGAACUGUCGCGUUAGAGAAAAAUUCACCCCCCCGUACAGUGUGUGCCGAUAGAGUGAUUACCUACGAAGAGCCAAGCCGUAUUUUGAACCAGGCUGUAAACAUGUUUAUUAAUGCUGCAAAGAUCGUGUUCUUUGAAUUGGUGUCUAUGUGGUUUCUGGUGUUUCUGCAGCCAGCCUCAAGCGGAUUCUCAAUGAAUUGCAGUUUGUAACACUUCCACAUGGGCUUCAUAAUUUGAGACCGGAGGUUGCCGCUUGGACAGAAUAAAAGGGUAGUGAUAGCAGUGAGUAAGACACCAACAGAUAUGUUAGCAAGGAAACAGCGGUAUGCUAAUGUUAGCUGUUAUCUGGUAGUUAAUGUGUAAUCAACUUUUUUGUUGAUACACAUUUUUAAAAGUUGUGUUUUUUGGGCAUUUUUGCCUUUUUAAAAUUUAUUUUAAUGAUAGGACAGCUGAAGAGAGACAGGAAACGCGGGGAGUAGAGAGUGGGGGAGGACAUGCAGCAAAUGGUCCACCGUCCGGGAGUCCAACCGGCGACCUCUGCGACAAGGACUAUAGCCUCUAGACCGCUAUGCCACCAGCGCCCCAGUUGAGACACAUUUAAGUGCGUUUGUCCCUCUUUUACAACAUCCUAACUUAUUUAAGGUGUAAUUUAAAGCUGCUGUGAGGAACUUUUGCCUUUCCUCUUAGAUCUUAUAACACUUUCAAAGAGUUGUGUUAAUUUUUCGUCACUUCCUAUCUAACGUAGAUAUUAGAUAAGAAGUGGCUGAAUUCUAACAUUAGCUUUUAUCAGAGGCAAGCUAGGUGGAUUGAUAGUUAAUACAGCAGAUUUCCUUUUAGAUUUCUACAUCUUUCAGACCCUGAGCGGUAUGACACAACAGCAUUUGAGCCACCCACCCUGAGCGUGAUGUCAGAGGAAAAUGGCCGCGUGUGAAAACAGUCGAUUGAACCCCAGUCUUUCCACGUUUGUUUGAACUUGAGCACAGGAGUGGCCCACGGCGAGACUCACCCGCACUGUGCAAGUCUGGUGCCUUUUUGAAAUUGAGUUGUUGACUUAUGGAAUCAAGUAUUUGACUUCUUUUGUGUGUUUUUUUUUUUUUUUAAAGAGACCUCCUUGAGAAAGUUUUAGACACAAGCAUGGCUGACCUGACGUAUGUUUGAGCGUUGGACGUGCACUUAAUUAAACGCUAGGCUGCACAUUGAAGGUAACCUUUUGCACAGAAGAAUCUUCCCUAUCCUGAAAUGGAGGCAGGCUGCUGUCAGAUUGAAUGAUGAGAGUUUUUUUUUUUUUUUUAGAUAACAUGAUGGAAAAUAUUGUGUUUGUAUGACUGCAUCUGUGUGAAUGCAUUAGCAUUUCAGUCUUACGUUGACAGUGGAGUAUGUUCGUAGAUGUGUAUUAUCACAUACUUCUGCCAUCUGCAUCCAGUCUCAUGUUUUAUCACAGAUAAUUCUAGAAAAAUGAAUUACCCCCCCUAUUUAAGUGCCUUUUGAGGAGUUCCCUGUACAUGGUUGGAAGAGUUUCGGAUGAGUCCUGAUACACACGCUGCACACCGACACACACUGAGGCACGUUUUCAAACACUUUAGCACGCAUUGACACAUCAGAGGCUUUAUUAUACCUGAAAAUAAACGCAUGUCUACUCUGCAAUAACUAUUUGGGACCCAUAUUUUCAUACCGACACCUUGAUGUACCUUUCCCAAGUGAAUGUAUGUAAUCAAAAGCUUAAGUGUCAAAAAGACAAUCUGGUGCCUGAUGAUAGGACGUGUGUAUGUGUGUGUGUGUAGUGUGCACAGGAAGAUGAGGCGCCCCAGUGAUUAAAGAGGGCCCCCGAUUUCACAAAACAAACUCAACUUGAACCUUCAAACCUGAGGGGAAUCGAUCACAACAGUUUCAUGGUGUGCCAUUUGUAUUAUUGUACAUUUUAUUGUGUUUCAUCUUAAGUCAAUCCUCUUAUUUUCUUCCUCCUUUUUAGUUCCAUUUUUGCUUUGUUGAAUGUAUUCGGGUCGACCUGGAGUAGCCAGAAGUUUUUAAAUUUGCGAUGUUCAGAGGUAACUGAGAGAGAAAGUGAUUUUAUGGUUUAUUAGGGUCAACUUCACUGUAUAUAAGUAAAAUUGUGGCUGAGAUUAAACAAUUUGCACUUUUA